CAGUGUUGACGUUUCUCUUGCUUGAUAUUUGAUUUUCUGUGUUCAGUAUGUCCUGUAAAUAAAAAUCGUUUGUUUACCAGAGCAAAAAGUGGCAAAUUAUAUAGAAUUUCAAUAAAUAAGCUAUAUAAACAUUCAACAUGCAGAGGCGUGGUGGGAAACGCAUCCGUAUGGAUGAACCGCCACCAGAAUACGAAAAUCCGAUGACACCGCAAGUAGAUUCUGAAAACUAUGGAUAUGUACAUCAAGCAAUGUACCAACAAGAUUCCUCAUACAGCGAUCAUGCUGGGGGAUCAUCAGAUGGCAUGUUUGAGUCACCCCCAACACCAGGUAUGCGAAGGGUGACUCGAUCAAAAGCAAGAGGAAUCAAUAACCCACCACCUCCACCUCCAACAUACUCCCCUACGACACCAAGUCCUGGGAGAGGGGGACGUAGAGGUAGGCCUGCAGGAAGAAAAAAUCAUGCAGACCAUAAUACAGAAGAUGAAACAUCACUGUAUAAUAUCAUUAGAAAUAGUAAAGCAUCGUUAACUAAUAUUGUGGAUGAUUGGAUAGAAACUUAUAAGGUGAACAGAGAAGCUGCUCUCAUAUCCUUGAUGCAAUUUUUCAUCAAUGCUGCUGGUUGCAAGGGAAGAAUAACGCAACAAAUGCAAGCUGAUAUGGAGCAUGCAGCUAUUAUAAGAAAAAUGACGGAAGAAUUCGAUGAAGAAUCAGGGGAGUAUCCUCUCAUCAUGGCAGGACAAAGUUGGAAAAAAUUCAGACAAAAUUUUUGUGAUUUUGUUCAGACUCUGGUGAAACAGUGCCAGUACUCGAUAAUUUAUGACCAGUUUCUUAUGGAUAAUGUCAUAUCUUUAUUAACUGGUUUGUCAGAUUCCCAAGUCCGUGCAUUCAGGCACACUGCCACUUUGGGGGCUAUGAAACUAAUGACUGCAUUAGUAGAUGUGGCAUUGACUGUUUCUGUGAACCUGGAUAAUACUCAACGGCAAUAUGAAGCUGAGAGACAAAAAACCAGAGAAAAAAGAGCAAGCGAUAGGUUAGAGUCCCUCCUCCAGAAAAGACAGGAAUUGGAAGAAAAUAUGGAUGAAAUCAAAAAUAUGUUAACAUAUAUGUUUAAAUCAGUAUUCGUACAUCGAUAUAGGGAUACCUUGCCAGAAAUACGAGCAAUUGCAAUGACAGAAAUAGGUGUAUGGAUGCAUAAGUUUCAUGCUAAUUUUCUUGACGAUUCUUACUUGAAGUAUAUUGGCUGGACUCUUCACGAUAAGGUUGGGGAAGUGAGGUUGAGGUGCCUCCAGGCUUUGCAACCCCUAUAUGCCAGUGAAGAAUUGAAGGGCAAGUUGGAGUUAUUUACUAAUAAGUUCAAAGAUCGUAUAGUAGCCAUGACGUUAGACAAAGAAUAUGAUGUUGCUGUUCAAGCAGUGAAACUUGUCAUAUCUAUUCUGAAGCAUCAUCAUGAAAUUUUGACUGACAAAGAUUGUGAGCAUGUUUACGAGUUGGUGUAUUCAUCCCAUCGAGCUGUGGCACAAGCUGCAGGUGAGUUUUUGAACGAGCGUCUUUUCCAACCAGGAGAUAUAGAUCCUGGCAAGACGAAAAGAGGAAAAAGACGGUUAGAAAAUACCCCGUUCAUAAGGGAUUUGGUGCAAUUUUUCAUUGAAUCCGAAUUGCACGAGCACGCAGCCUAUUUAGUAGAUUCUCUGAUCGAGUCAAACACAAUGAUGAAAGAUUGGGAAUGCAUGACCGAUUUGUUACUAGAGGAACCAGGUCCUCAUGAAGAAGCUUUGGAUAACCGACAAGAAACAAGUCUUAUAGAAAUCAUGGUAUGCUGUGUGAAGCAAGCUGCAACUGGGGAAGCUCCAGUUGGCAGGGGACCCACAAGAAAAAUCUCUUCCUUGAGGGAAAUUAAACAGGCUGGAGAAGACAAGCAGAAAUUGACGGAACAUUUCAUUCAGACCCUACCUUUGCUCUUGGAUAAAUACUCCGCUGAUCCGGAAAAAUUGGCGAAUCUAUUGAGCAUUCCCCAGUAUUUCGAUUUAGAUUUAUAUACAAGUGGACGUCAAGAAGGCUCCCUGCAGGCCUUGUUGGCUAAACUGAAACAUAUAGUGCAAGUUCAUCAUGAACCUGAGGUAUUGGAAACUUUGGCCAAAACAUUAGAAAUUCUCUGUACCGAGGGUCAUUCCAUUUAUACCAGGUGUGACGUGGCCCGAUCAACGAUUGUAGAUAUGAUAGUUACUUCAUAUAAGGACGCUAUUGAUGACUGGAGGAACCUACUCCUAGGCGAAGAAACGCCCGAAGCUGAUGAAAUAUUCAAUGUACUCAGUUCCCUGAAGAAAGUAUCCUUGUUUUAUGCUUGUCAUAACUUGAAUCAGUGGAAUUUAUGGCAGUCCCUCUUUCAGGAUGUCAAGGACGUAGAAAGCCCCCUUCCUCCAGAAGCUUUGAAGUAUUGCAUCAGCGCCUGUUUUUACUAUCUUCUCUGGGGUCUUCGAUCCUUGGAAGUAAUGCACGAAGGAGGUGGUUUGACGGGCUCGGCCACCCAAGAACUACGCAGUCAGCUGGAUCAGUUCAUCGAAGCGUGUCAGAACUUGAUACGUUAUUCCUCCGAAUCCUUGAUAAAGGAGGAAUCUUACAUCAGCUUAUGCGACCUUUUGAUAGUCUUCAGCGAACAACUAUCAAGUAGUGCUUCUUUCUUGUCCGAAUUAGUGUCGGUACCGGAUCGAAGUUUGCAGCUCUUAUUGAAUGAAUUUGUGCAGAACUUUGUAUUUGUACCUGAACAGAUAGCCGAACAUGAUGAACAUCGAAUUGAGGAACUGCAUAAGCGUAGAAAUUUCCUAGCAGCUUACUGCAAACUGAUUGUUUAUAAUAUAAUGCCAACGAAGGCGGCAGCAGACGUGUUUCAACACUACGUGAAAUAUUACAACGAAUACGGAGAUAUCAUCAAAGCUACCCUGAGUAAGGCAAGGGAAAUCAACAAGGUCAAUUGUGCCUUGACGAUGUGUCUCAGUAUGAACAUGAUGUACCAGGAAAUUCAGAAGACCCACAACAAGAACAAUAGGCAGAAUGAGGAAUUCUUCGCGUUGAAGGAAUUGGCGAAACGUUUUGCCUUGUCCUUCGGUUUAGACGCUGUCAAAAACCGUGAGGCAAUAACAGCGCUCCAUCGGGCAGGUAUACUAUUUGCAGUGACAGGAUCAGAGGCUUCAGAUGAUCCUACAGGACCUCCCCCUAAUAUCUCCUUCUUGGAGAUCUUGUCGGAGUUCACCAACAAAUUGUUGAAACAAGAUAAGAGAGUGGUACUUGCGUUUUUGGAUCGUAGAAUACACACAGGAAUGCCGAGCUCUAGAGGAGAAGACUGGCAACCCUUGCUGCUGUACAGGAACUCUUUGCUUCAUGGGGAAUCUGAUGCUCUGCCAACAACAAGCAAGAGGGCUUACGGAAGGAAGAGGAAAGAUCCUGAGUCAGAGCCAGAACAAGAUGAUGAACAUUUGUCUGACCAAGAAUUCCCAGGUUGUCUUUAUGGUUGAAAUAUCUUCAUCCGUUUUAAUUUAUGUAUAUUUUCACUUUUAAAAUGGUGAUUCAAUUUUAUUAUUGUGAUUUUUUGAACCGUUAUUCCUAUCUUCCUAUAGCUUAUUUUAAUUUUAUAGGUUACUAAUUGAAGUUGAAAAUAUUGCGAACUUAAUAUUUUUGAAAAUUUCGGCCUUCUGGUAGGAAGAGGUAAGUUAUUUAGUAUUAAUGAAUAUUUUUUUGUUCUAAUACCUGUUUUUUUUUAGUUCAUUUGUUAGAAAAAAAAAUGCCGUAUUUUCAACUUAAAUAAUCAUUUCUUUUAAUUUUUUUUUUCGAAAAAUCACGAGAAUACCUCGUAAAUAAAUUUCUUCAAAGAAAGUAUGUACAUUUAUGAAAAUUUCAAAUCAAUCCGCAACUCAGUAGUUGUAUAUUUCAAGGAAAAUGUUGCAACCAAAAUAUAUUCAAUUUUUAUUUGUACCAGUGAUACUUAACCUGCGGCCCAAAGCUUUUCAUAAGUUAAAACUUUCUGUAGAGUGAAAUUCAUCAAUUUUUCACGAAUACGUUCCUAGAUAACUGAUUUGGGGGCGCAAAAUGGUGGCCAGAGAAAGAAAGGGUUGAGUAUCCCUGAUUUGGACUGAUAAUAAAUGUGUUUGGAUAGAAAUAUCAAGUUUCGAAUUGUUUUGAUUUUACUUUGUUGGAAAACUGUUAUCUUAUAUUGAAGCAGAUACUGCUUCAAUACGAGAUGAAAUAAUGAUGUAAUAUUUUGAAUAAGUUUUAUAUAUUGCUAAUUUGUGAAUUCAAAUUAUAUGUAGUUGUAAGUUAUUAUGAAAUAAAUGUUUUUAUAUUG